AUGGCAACACUUCCUGGCAACAGACCUGCCGAUCCUCUAGCCAAGGGCACCCUCGCAACGGCGAAGCAAGCAUGGAGCGACCUCUUCAAGUGGGACCAACGUGUGGUCGUCAGGAACGAGUAUGGCGAGGAGACUUGCGAGUGGCAGAAGCCUGAGCCUCUCAAAAACCCGAUCAGUCUGCUCGCUCAGCUAAGCUUGAGGGAUUGGGCUUACUUCCUCGUCGGUUUCCUCGCCUGGACUGCCGAUGCGUUCGACUUCCACGCCCUCUCCAUCCAGACCACCAAGCUGGCUGCUUACUACGAGCGAAGCAACACGUCUAUCACCACCGCUAUUACACUGACACUGCUCCUCCGAUCUGUCGGUGCUGCCUUCUUUGGUCUGGCUGGUGACAAGUUCGGUCGCAAAUGGCCUAUGGUUCUCAACAUGAUCAUUCUUGGUCUUCUUCAGAUCGCGACCAUCUACUGCGCUACGUUUAACCAGUUCCUGGCUGUUCGAGCUCUGUUCGGUCUGUUCAUGGGUGGUGUAUACGGUAACGCUAUUGCGAUGGCUCUCGAGAACUGCCCGGUCAAUGCCCGCGGUCUUAUGUCUGGUAUCCUCCAGCAGGGUUACUCCUUUGGUUACGUUCUUGCCGCUUGCGCAAACCUCGGUGUCGGUGGCGAGACGAACACAUGGAAGAUAGUGUUUUGGGCAGGCGCUGGAUUCUCUAUCGCCGUGGGACUCGUCCGAGUAUGCUUCCCCGAGUCUCAGCAGUUCCUGGCGGCGAAGGAGGAGGCCAAAUUGAACCCCAACCCCAAGGCGCCCGGUGCGUUCGCAAGAGAGACGAAGAUGAUGCUGAAGGCUGAGUGGCGCAUGGUCCUCUACUGUAUCUUCCUCAUGACCUGGUUCAAUUUCUAUUCCCACACCAGCCAGGAUUCGUACACCACCUUCAUGAAGCAGCAGAAGCACCUCAGCUCUGCCGGUGCUACCCGUGCUUCUAUCCUUAUGAAGACGGGUGCAUGUGUCGGCGGUACUAUCCUUGGUUACACCUCACAGUGGUUCGGUCGUCGUCGCACUAUCGUCUGCGCUGCUAUCAUGUCUGCCUUGCUCAUCCCGGCUUGGAUCCUGCCAACCACCGAACGCGGUCUCUCAGCAUCCGGCUUCAUGAUUCAAUUUUUCGUCCAGGGUGCCUGGGGUGUUAUUCCCAUUCAUCUUAACGAGCUGUCGCCCCCUGCUUUCCGCUCGUCGUUCGUUGGUCUUACCUACCAGCUCGGAAACAUGAUCUCCUCGCCUUCCGCUCAGAUUGUCAAUGCUGCUGCUGAGGCCAUGCACAUCACGACCCACGGAGGCAAGAGCUCUCCCGCCUAUGGACCUGUUAUGGGUGUUGCGACUGCUAUCAUCGCCAUUGGUAUUGCAGUCACUACUGCCCUGGGUCCUGAGAAGAAGGGUCGCCACUUUGAGCAGGCAGGCCCCAUUGGUUCCAACGUCGAGCCCGUCAAGGACAUCGAGACUGGCAGCAUUGACGAGAAGUAUGGAACUCACGCUGUUGAAAUUGUCGACAACAAGGAGACUAAGGCUUGA